AUGCCGCGUUCCGUGGAUAUGAUGUUUGAAGUUGUUGACGGUAGCAACGAGCAGGGUCACCAGACUACUGACUCCAAUGUUAUUGUAGCAUUUCAAGAAGACGAGACCACCGUACGAAUCAUACUCACAAAGAAAGAUAAAAAAACAAAGAUGGAACACCAAACAUUAAAAGAACCACAAAGACAUUCGUUGAGUUGCUCCAUCCACCGUUGUUCAUCUGAUUACAUACCGUUCGUGUCAACAACGCCUGCAACUACCAUCGAUAAAAAUUCAAGUUUCUACUUGAACAGUGGUCACAGCGCAGAAAUGAAAGAAAUAUCUUCACCUGUUCCGAUAGCAUCAGCAUCAAAUUCAUCGUUACACUCUACAAAGGACUUUUCAUUAGCUCAACAAUGCUGGUUUAAUCGAAAUCAUAGUUACGAUGAACAAUCAACAAGUUGUUGUAGUGUUUGUAAAGAAGAACGUACAGAUGAUGAAUUUUGUCCGAUGUGUACAGAGAUGCGCACAGUUCCAGCUGUUAUUAAUCUUCCGUAUAUAGAUUGCUUCGAUGAUCAAACGACAUCAGUGAAAUUAAACUCAGUUUGGAUACCAUUACUUCCAAUAGAAAAAUCAUUGAAUGAAAUAUGA